UGGUGGUUAGUGUCAUACUAUUGGUUAGACAGUUUCCCCUUUAAUGAGGUUGACAGUUAAAACUGUCUCUUACAUUAGGCUGAGUCACACAGAGGAUCCAGCGGUGAAGUGAACAGACACAAACCUACAACUGAGAUAACAGCAGACGUUACAACCGUAGAAGUUACAACAGUAGAAGUUACAACAGUUGAAGUUACAACAGUAGAAGUUAGAACCGUAUAAAUUACAACAGUAGAAGUUACAACAGUAGAAGUUACAAGAGUAGAAGUUACAACAGCAGAAGUUACAACAGUUGAAGUUACGACAGUAGAAGUUAGAACCGUAUAAAUUACAACAGUAGAAGUUACAACAGUAGAAGUUACAAGAGUAGAAGUUACAACAGUAGAAGUUACAACAGUAGAAGUUACAACAGUAGAAGUUACAACAGUAGAAGUUACAACCGUAGAAGUUACUGCAUUUUAGCACAAGUCUGUAAAGAUGUCAGAGGCAAACUAUGACAACAGAGAUGGAUUUAAAGGCAAAGCACCUAAUGAAAUAAAGACCCUGGAUAUUGAUGAUUGUAUAUACAGCAACGAAACACCCAUCAAGCCCUGCAGGAAGGAUGGAGUUGGUGAUCAACCAUCAGAGUGUCCGCAAGGAUGGAAGAAGCUUGGUAGCCGUUGUUACUACAUCUCUACUAAGAAGAACACCUGGGAGAAGAGCAGACAGGACUGCAGAGAUAGAGGAGCAGACCUGGUGAUCAUCAACAGCCAAGACAAACAGACAUUUGUCAAUUGGUUAUGUGGAGUAAAGAAAUAUGUCUGGAUUGGUCUGACUGACUCUGUUACUGAGGGGACCUGGAAAUGGGUGGACGACACACCACUGACCACAACAUAUUGGAACAGUAGAGAGCCUAAUGGUGGUGUAGCUGAGAACUGUGCGUAUUUCUACUCCUGGUCAUCAGACACAGGAGCAUGGUGGGACUCUGGCUGUUCCGAUCAAUACAGAUGGAUCUGUGAGAAAUAGGAUUCUCUGUACUGCUAGAGACCAUUUCAGACAUAUGUUUUAAAUCCUUAAACCCAGACUUGGACCAAACAAAAUAGCGAGUGAUGUGCAACGCUUGCAGUUAACCAUUGAUUCCUUCCAAACCACUCAUUGUUGAAUUUGUCAUUUCCGACUUGUUGUGU